AUGGGUUUUUACCUAUUUCCUGAAAGGACUCGGAGAGAUAAUAAUGAAGGCAAAUGGAAAAAACGGAGAAAUUUGCGUAAAAGAGGGAUGCUCCAAAACAUCACCUGUAACCAUUGUGGGGAACCAGAGAGUGUGGAUCACAUCCUCUUUCACUGCCAAUACGCAAACGAGGUCUGGAGGUAUGGACCGUGGAAUCAAUCCAUCGAUACAACUGAUGCUACAACGUUCUUCGAAAAGCUUGAGAGAUCUUGGAACCUAACUCCCCUCCCACCUUAUGGAUUUACGGGCAAUGCUUUGCCGUGGAUAUGCUGGGCAAUCUGGACCUCCAGGAACCAACGGAUCUUCGAAAAUAGAUACCAAUCGCCAGAAGAAACAGCUCUAAAAACGAUCCAGGCCCUCAAGGAAUGGGAGAUUGCGCAACCCCCGAGCCUGAAAAUCCCCAAAUCAUUGACUACUGGCCAGCAACACGAUCCGAUGGUCCUUGAUCCCUCUGAAAUCUUCUGUAACACUGACGCGUCCUGGAGUCACACCUCUAAAGAAGCAGGACUAGCUUAG